UACCCUGCGAACUAUGGGGUGAGGUAACCCAGAGGAGGUAAACGGGAUGCACGUUUCCUUGCCUGCCCUUCACCAAGCCGCGAGAUACCGCGCUGGACUCGGAGGGCGGGCCCCUCACGGAAAGGUCCUGCGACACCCCAAGGACGCAACACCAUCCUACCCCUUCUCAUGACUACACGUCUGCUCUUGCACUGGCCCUGUGGACAUCGGCAAGGUCUCCGAAGGACACAGAAACGUGUGGGAGCAGGAAGCUGAAGGUGGAUGGCCAUGGCAUCAAGUGUAACUGGCCGGGGUCCUGAACAGACAGCCAGGGACUAAGGCAUCCUCAUGAGAGACACAAAACCUCGCGGCUGGGCGACGUCCUCCUGGAGACCAGCACCCAAAGCUGCCGUCUUGUGGCUGAUGCUGAAUCUCCUCUUCCUGGAAGCCCUCCACUGUGCCCUGGCCCUGCCCUCUUGCAAAGAGGAGGAAUACCCAGUGGGCAACGAAUGUUGCCCCAAGUGCAGCCCAGGUUAUCACGUAAGAGAGGCCUGCGGAGAGCUGACGGGCACUGUGUGUGUACCCUGUCCCCCGAGGACCUACACUGCCCACUACAACGGCCUGAGCGAGUGUCUUCCAUGCCGCGUGUGUGACCCAGCCAUGGGCCUGGUCACCAGGCUCAACUGCACCAGGAAAGGAAACACCCUCUGUGGCUGCAGCCAAGGCCACUUCUGCGAGGAUGGUGACCACUGUGCUGCCUGCCGGCCCCACACCCUGUGCCACCCUGGCCAGAGGGUGCAAGAGAGAGGCACCGAGAGGCAGGACACAGUGUGCCAGGACUGCCCUGCAGGGACCUUCUCGCCCAGCGGGAACCUAGAGGAAUGUCAGCCCUGGACUGAGUGCAGUGGCUGGUUUAUGACGGAAAAAGAACCUGGGACCAGCAGCUCAGAUGCCACCUGCUCCUCCGCGAUCAAACCUAUUGUGACUAUCAUUUCUAUUCUCCUUGGUGUAUUUUUUGUCUUCUGGAUCUGCAAGAGAAGAAAGCUCUGCGGUAAGAUCGUCAAGCAGAGGGCACCAGAUGUGGGAGGUGAGAACAUGGUCAUGGAUGCCCCUCUUGCCAUUCCGGAUGUCACCACAGUGGCCGUGGAGGAGACAACAUCCAUGUUCACAGAAAGGGACCCAAAGCUGUGACCCACGGGCUCCGGGACUAGAGCAUCCAGCUUACGAGACUGCAGGAGCUGGGGAGCCUGGUGGCCCCCACCUCGUGGCUCCUGCCCUGGCUUGGCUUCAUCUUCCAGCCUGCAGCAGGAGAGAUGGAGCCAAUGCCUAGGGCGGGGUGUGUAUGUGUGUGUGUGACACACCCCACCUCUGCAAGAGGGUCCCCACCUAGUCAGACGGGGACCCUCUUGCAGAGACACAUGCCAGCCAGCCCAGCACGCUGCCCACCCAAGGGGCUGCCCUUCUGGAUCCUGCAGAGGCUACACUGGCCCCUCUGGAGGCGGCUGUGGGCACUACCUCACCCCUCACGGGGACUUGACUGGGUUGGCGUGAUAAUAAAUGAAUACCCUGUUUCAAGGGCUUUUCUAAA